CUGUUGCAUUAAGAUUAUGGAUCAAUAUCUGUUAUGAAAUGCAUAAAUAAAAUCAUUAAGAUUCGUCCAUGCUAUUAUUUACAUGUUGUUGGGAAAAUCUGAAAAGCAAGUUCCGAAAAAUUCAACUUGAAAUACCAGUCAUAUUGAAGUAAAAAAACUUCUUCAAUACCAAAACAAGAGUUUAAUCACAAAUUGCCAAAUCAAAAAAAAUUAUGGAUUAAAGUUAAGUUGGUUUUUACGAAUGACUUUGUUUCACACAAAAUCAUGGCGUCUAGUUUUGUACAGCGAUUGAAUAUAAUUGGAUUUUCUGCUGUUUCGAGUAAAAAAAAACAUCGACUUCAAUAGGAGAAUGUGGAUCGCUGCUUUUGUAUUUGUGGCAUUCAUUUUAUUGCUUAUCAUGUAUGGGAAUUAUGUCAUGAAUCAGCCAAAAAGAGGAGUAAUGUAUGAAGAAAAAGGCUGGAUUAAAUAUGAAAUCAAAGAAGAUUCUCAGAAAACAUCUAAGGAAAGAGAUCGCGAUAAAUUAUUAGUUGAAUAUGAAGCAGCCAAGAGAACGUUAGCAAAAAUUUUCCAAAAACCACCAGUUCAGCGUGCACCAGAUGUCAUUGGAAUCGGGGUUGAGAAGUGUGGAACAGGUGCUCUUAGGAGUUUACUUCGUAUGCACCCGAUGAUCAAAGUAGCACCUAAAGAACCUCACUUUUUUGAACAACCGAAUUUAUAUAAAUUGGGCCUAAAAGCAUACACACGUAUGUUGGCCAAAGUUUUACCUCACGAAAUAUCAUUUGAAAAAACACCGGCCUACUUCAACUGGGGACUCGCGACACCAGAACAUCUUCGAGACCUUGUUCCUCACGCCAAACUUUUACUUGUUUUGUGCAAUCCAACCGAAAGAACAUAUUCAGAUUAUGCCCAGGAGAUAAUGAUGGGUCAUCUCAAUAAAAACACAACGUUUGAACAAAUGGUUGAUGAUCUUCUUGUCUACUCCGCUGAUUUAACUGCAAAAAUGAAUGAAAGUGGAACGGAAAUGGAAUAUAUUGAGCAGUUAUUUAAAAAAAGGAGUACUAACCAUGUACUAACAACUGGAUUGUAUUACUAUCAUUUACUAAGAUGGUAUAAAGUGUUCAACAUGAGCGAUAUCCAUAUCGUAGACGGUGAGGAACUUAUAUCUAAUCCUGCCAAAGUCAUAAAAGAGGUUCAAGACUUUCUUCACAUUCCAGAGUUCGUCUUACCAGAAAACAUUCCGAAGGGACCGUGUGGAUUUUCUUGCUUUGCCAAACCUUUAGUAGUAGAAAGAAAUGGCGUUUUAGUCGCAGGAACAGCACGUAUUUAUUGUAUGACUGGAAAGGGAAGGACUAGAAAAGGAGCAUGGGGUGUCGCGAACCCCGAAUAUUUGGAAAAACUGCGCUUAUUUUUUGCACCAUUUAAUGAAAAACUUUAUAAACUACUCGGUCGUAGAUUUAAUUGGUGACGAUCGAUUAAAAGUUAUUCAACUACCUCAUCCUGCACAUACUAUAUAUAGGCUCUAGAAAUUAUACCUCUUGAUUUAUAGCAAUAAAAAUAUUCUAUGAUAAUAAAAUAUUAAAUUUGUUAGUACUGGAUUACCCGAGUGUGCUAGGAAACGAUUCUCAGUUUCUAUCUACCUCGACCCCAACCAGCAGCGCAAGAUAUUUAUACAUGUAAGAUAUGUAGCAUAAAAGUAAUAAAUGGUUUCAUUGAGAACACGGGAAUGUUGGAAAUACUCUAUUACAAGCCUCAAUACCAACAUUUUUAUGCAAUAUAUUCAAGUUACCAAGAUUUAGUGACUCAAUUAUUGUGAACUAUUUUUUAAAACUGCUGAAUUAUCAUCAACAAUUAUCGAGCCACUAUUUUACUGAACAAUUACUGUCCACUUAAAAUAUGCCCGACCCCGAAGGAAAUAUUUUGGAGGCAGACAUGACAUAUAAAUUAUUGUGAUUUCUGAGUUUUCAAAUUUCAUGGGUUAUUUGUUCUCUUCACUUCGACAAAAUGAAAACACAUUUCUGUCAAAAGAAAAAUUCGUCACAAGGAACCGAUAUGAAAUUCUGCCGAUAACCCAUAGGCAUAGAAGUACAACAAAAUCGACACCCAACGCGUUCAAGUUUUAUUCCUAAUUUUAAAAUUUUCCUAGUAUGCAACAAUAAUUUUCAAAAUGAUAUCCCUUCAAUCACUUCAGUAUAGAAGAUAAUAAUUAAAAAUCAGAACCCGACGUGACGCAGUCACUGAGAUGUGCAUUCUCUUUUAGUUAACACAUGUUCACGUUAGUUUCAGACUACAAAUCUGCGUAUUUUUAAAGCUAGGUUGUUUAAAGUUUGAGGUACGUUUGCGAGGGAUUGCUGAAUCAAAUAAAAAAAAAACGCAAAAGAAACUAAAUAUAAAAUCCAAAGUACUGCAGUUCCACACAUUUACCUGUUUUAAAUGAAAUAAAACCCAAAUUGAGUGCA